AUGCGUAGUGGGAGAGUGAAUGCAUAAAUUGGUUUCUUUAGCAGCCCCGGGAGCGAGAGCAGAAAUGAACAAAAUUAUGUUUACCAACCGCAUGCAGCAACGGUGAAAACACUAACCGAUACUGCGACGUGCUUUCGCCACCCGGUUUUGUUUUUUUUUGUUUUCGGAGGGAGAUCGUGCGGUAUUAGUAACGAAAGCAAUGGUGGUGCCAUCUAGUGAUGGGGUCCGAAAGCGACUCCUAACAAUUUCCCCCGAACGGAAGCGGAAGAUUGAGAGGCUGCGCCGCAUCCAGCACGAUCACCGGAUGCGCCUGAUCGUGACGGCGGGCAUAGUGGUGACGUUCGUGGUUAUGGGCAUGAUCGGCUGCAUGGUGAACGUCGUCUUUGGAGCAAUGUACACCUCAGGCAACGAGUCCUCGACCCAGGGCCUUCUCUACCCAAUAGAGUCAGAAACGCGCGAAUUGAAGAAGCUCGAUGGAAUGUGGAAUUUCGUACGCUCGGACACCAACAAUCCUUCGCUGGGUAUACGAGAGAAGUGGUUCAGCGACGAUCUGGCCCGAUUCCGGAAGACGAUCGGCAUGCCGGUACCGAGCAGUUACAACGACAUCACGGAGGAUGCUGCAUUAAGGGAUCACGUCGGCACAGUAUGGUACGAUCGCAAGUUCUUCAUCCCAAAGGCGUGGUUCUCGAAUCGAGUCUUCGUCCGGUUCGGCUCAGUACAUUACGAAGCGAUAGUGUGGAUUAAUGGGGUGGAGGUGAUGAGGCACGAGAUAGGACACCUGCCGUUCGAGAUAGAAAUCACGAAUGUGCUCGAGUACGGUGCUGCGAACCGAAUAACCGUGCUGUGCGACAACGUGCUGCUGAAGGACACCAUCCCGCAAGGCAAGGUGGACAAUCAACCCAUCGACAAUGGCGUGGAACUAGUGCAAUCGUACACGUUCGACUUCUUCAAUUAUGCCGGCAUUCACCGGUCCGUCGUGUUGUACACUGUGCCAUCGGUUUACAUUCAGGACGUCAUUCUUCACACCAGCUAUAAGGGAACUAAAGGUCUGGUCGAGUACCAGGUCAAGACCAGUGUGAAUGACACGAGUAACCUCGAGCUCACGGUGAAGCUGUUCGAUCGUAAUGGAACUCUAGUCAGCACGGGCAUUCAGAAGGCGCAGCUCCAAGGGUCGGCCAUCAUCCCGGAGGUAAAGCUCUGGUGGCCGUACUUGAUGGAUCCGGAACCGGGUUAUUUGUACACGAUGGAGCUCACGCUGAGCAAAGCCAAAACUAAUGAUGCGCCGACCACCGGCGGUGAUGAGGCGUUGUUGGACGUCUACAGGACGAAAGUCGGCAUUCGGACGCUCCGGUGGGACAACACGUCGUUCCUAAUUAACGAGAAGCCAAUCUACUUCCGAGGAUUCGGACGUCACGAAGAUUCCGAUAUCCGUGGAAAAGGAUUGGAUCUAGCGCUACUAACCAAAGAUUUCAAUCUGCUGAAAUGGGUCGGAGCUAACGCGUACCGCACCUCUCAUUAUCCCUACUCGGAGGAAAGUAUGCAAUUCGCGGAUGAACACGGCAUCAUGAUCAUCGACGAGUGUCCUAGUGUAGAUACUGAAUAUUUUUCAGAUAUCCUGCUACAAAAACAUAAGUCAAGUAUCGAGCAGCUGAUUCAUCGCGAUCGUAAUCAUCCCAGCGUGGUAAUGUGGUCCAUUGCCAAUGAACCCAGAACGGGAAAGUCAAAUGCCGAUGCGUAUUUCGCAGCCGUGGCGCAGUAUACGAAAAAGUUGGAUAAAAGCAGACCCAUUACGGCCGCUAUUGCAGUGAAUGUGAACGAAGACCGUGCUGCACAACAUCUGGACAUCAUCAGCUUCAACAGGUACAACGCGUGGUACAGCAAUACUGGUCGUCUCAACAUGAUCACCAACCGGGUAAUUGAGGAGGCUGAGGCUUGGAACAAAAAGCACAACAAACCAGUGUUGAUGUCGGAAUACGGGGCUGAUACCCUGGAAGGGCUACAUAUGCUUCCGGCGUUCGUCUGGUCGGAGGACUACCAAACGCGCGUAUUCAGCCAGCACUUUAAGGCGUUCGAUGCUCUGCGCAAGCAGCAGUUUUUCAUCGGGGAGUUUGUGUGGAACUUUGCCGACUUCAAGACGGCCCAAACGUACACGCGUGUCGGUGGAAACAAAAAAGGCAUUUUCACGCGCAAUCGACAACCGAAAGCGGCCGCGUAUCUGCUCCGUCAGCGCUAUUAUGCACUCAGUGAGUUAGGAAAAAGCAAACUACCCGAUGAUCUGUUCCUGUACACCGCCUCCGACGCCGAUCUGUCCUGCAAACACACGGAACUGUAGCCAAAAUUCAUCCACUUAUGAUAAGAGUGAAAAACAAAUAUUCGACAAUCUUUUGUAUUGUUGGUUUUCUACCAUUAAGUGUUGAUAAAUGCAACUAUUUCUAGACUGAACCAGUCCGAAUGCAUGCGCAUGCCUACCCAAAUGAAGUAAUUUAAAAAAAAAAAA